AUGAGCCCGAAUGGGUUGCGGGUAACAUCCCUGGCACACGGCGCUCACGCCGUCGGAGCAGGGGGCUACUGGUCGCUCUACGACUGGAACCCAUCCUGGGAGGACGACGCCGCGUUCAAGCUCGGCAGCGACGCCAUCAAGAACAAGGUCCGUGCGCCCCUCGACAGGCAGAACCACCCUUCGCAGUUCGUCGUCGCCCAGCCGCAGCUCCCCUCCGAACUUCGAGUCUUCGGCCCCCUCGGCGAGCAACUGCGCGCUGCACACAAGGCGCACGUGCCGAAAGCCGAGGGCGGCAAGGCGAAGAAGGUCGCGAAGCGGCUCGCCGCGUGCACGAACAUUCGCAGCCUCAUCGCAAGCGUCGCGCCGAUGGACGCCGUCUCCCUCGAGGACCAUGGUGCAUGCGAUGCAUGCUCGUGGUGA